AACUCGCCACUUUUCUUUUCUAUAAUUCGAAAUUGGAUACAGUAUCAUUUGAAAUUCUAUAACAUUAGCGGAUUAUAAGAAGAAAAUGUUUUGAAACUCAGCGUUUGAGCGCUUUUUUAAAAACCAUUUUACUUCUUUUUUCUGAUUUCUGGGGGAAAACAAAAUUAAACUUAAUUUCACUUCAAACUGAAGUUUUUUUUUAUCUGGGUUUCAUUAAAAACGGAAAAAAAUUCAAUCAUACUUCUGAAUGAUGGCGGGAGCUCAAGGAAAUUUCAAUCUUCCUUUUCAUGUUAAUCGGUUUUUGGUAAAUGGUCAGGAACAGGAGGCUGACGAAGAAAUAGAGUUGAGUUUGGAUCUAUCAUCGAAUGGAAGAUUUGGAAUGGACCCUAAUAGGAAUGUCAAAAAGCUGAAGCGCUCGUCUUCCAUUUCAAACAUGUUUUUUGCAGCUGAUGCUGUUGACUCGGGGGUUAAUGGAGCAAGGGCGGCCUUUCAGUCGUACGGCACGCUGAUGAGGACGAGCUCCCUGCCGGCGGAUCCGCCCGAGGAGUGGCGGCGCAGGAAGGAGUUGCAGACUAUGAGACGGAUGGAGGCGAGGAAAAAGAGAAUGGAGAAGUUGAAGAAUGUGAGAAUUGGCAAAGAUAAGGAGAAUUCUACUGAAGAAAAUGGGUAUAAUCGAUCACCUGGAGUUGUAAUUGGAAAUACUGCUGCUGAUAAUGGGAUAAUUGGAUCAAAGGAGAGAGUUUCUUCGGGAAUUCCGGAGUUUCAGAGGCAACAUGCAGAAGGAGUAACACAAAGGGCUGCUGAGUUGAAGUGCACAUCUAGUGUCCCGUCUUCACCAAACCCAAUUCCCCCGAGAACAAUAGUAAACCAAAAACAGAGUCCCCAGAGAACAAUAGUAGGAGCUGCUGUUACUGAGGAUGCAAAUGAGGCAACGCUCAAGAAUGUCAUGCUGGAUAUGCCUCUUGUCUCGACCAGAGAAACUGGCCCGAAUGGUGCUAGGGUUCAAGGGCUUUUAUACCGUUACAAGAAGAGGGACGAGGGAGUGUUUGGCUUGGAAGGAAGGCAGAACAGAAAGAUAGAAUGAACCAACUUCCAAUCCAAAAGGAAAAAAGAUCUCUGAAAAUUGUUUCUUGAAUUCGAAAGAGUACUUGAAUUCUUCCAAUAAUUUAAAAGCGCAGCAUGUUUGAAUCUGACUGGGUUCGCGAUGGUAGAGGAACUGGAUCCCGAGCCCGGUAUCUUUAUAAAUUAAGUAAAUUAGACCUUCGUUACGUUUCUUUACUACACGAGUGUAGCAGCAGUGAUGUCCUAUGGUUUGGUCUUAGUAUCCAACGAUGAGUGUGCGCGCGCAUAAAAUGGUGAAAUAGUGUCUUUUGCAGUUGAGUCGAGGGUCGAUCGACUUACCUCUUAAGCUGGAAAGUCAGUUUCUUGCAAGGAUAAGUUACUCAUGUUAAUUUUGACUCGAGAAGACAGUUAGCAUUUGCUGACUCUUU